AUCGAGAGUACGAGCACUACGGAACAAUUUGUGCCGUAACAUAGUCAGGAUGCCUUCUUAUCGUGCAAAGAUGGGGCCGGGUGCGCGUGCCGUGCGUAGGAGGUAGGGUGUUUGCUGAAGCCAUGCACUGUCACACAAAAACUCUCCCGAGGGUUGCUGGGCUGCAGGCACACGUCGUACGAGAACCGCCUCCACGCAGGUCGGAAAUGACGAAGGAUAUCCCAGACAGUCCAGUUACGCUGCACCGCGCCACGAGGUGGGAAGUCGAUAUCUUCCAGGCACGUUACACAGUUGUAUUGUCGUCACGGCCAUCCCAAGCCGACCCGGGAUGCCCUGCAAAGGAAUGAUGUUCGAAACCAUUGACAGCGUUGAUGCUUUUCACGAUGGGCCCUGGUGAUGGGAUGGCAGAAGCUAUCGCUGACAUACAAAGCCUGUUCAAGAGAAACCACGUGUUUGAUGAAGAAGUUGGUGCAACAUGCCCAGCGU